GCAAUCAUAAAUGCGGUCGUGAAUGAAAAAAGUUUAAGAAGCUCUGGUUUAAUACCUUCAAGUACAUAAUUUUAUGGAUAAAAAGUGCACUACUAAAACUAAACCAUUCGAUAUGAAAAUUCUGGAAAGGUGGUUCAUUCUAUGUUAUAUCGUUCCAAUUUACGCUGGAAGCUUAUUCGGAUCCUUGUUCGAUUUUAUAAAAGAGUCAUGUGAACAAGCCGCAAAUGAACCAGACGAUACUUUGGAGAUACUUUCAGAAUACGAUUUCAUCGUAGUUGGUGCUGGUACGGCAGGAAGCGUGAUAGCAAAUCGUUUGACUGAAAAUCCUAAUUGGAAUGUACUUCUAUUAGAAGCUGGCGGUUCCGAAAAAUUCAUUAUGGACAUCCCCAUUUUGGCUAAUUUUCUCCAGCUCAGUGAGGCAAACUGGGAUUACAAAACGGUACCAAGUGAUAAUUAUUGUCUAGGGAUGGAAAAUCGGCAGUGUAAUUUUCCUAGGGGAAAGGUACUCGGAGGGUCCAGUGUUUUGAACUUCAUGAUCUAUACUCGUGGAAAUAGAAGAGAUUAUGAUAAUUGGGAAAAAAUGGGAAACACGGGCUGGUCGUUCAAGGAUGUUCUACCAUAUUUUAAAAAGGUUGAAAAUUUUGUCGUUCCUGGAUAUGAUAACGAUACUAAAUAUCAUUCUCAAGAUGGCUACGUAACUGUCAGUUAUCCACCAUAUCGUUCGAGCAUAGGAAAGGCUGCAGUUGAAGCGGAAAUGGAAUACGGGUCUAGGUACGUUGAUUACAAUGGUGCAACAUCAAUUGGUGUGUCCUUUCUUCAAUCGUCGAUGAAAGAUGGAGUAAGAGCUAGCGCAAGUCGAUCUUAUCUUCACCCAAUUAAAAAUAGAAAUAAUUUCCACCUUAAGAAGUCAGCGAUGGUAUCGAAAAUUCUUAUUAAUCCUAGCACGAUGUUGGCGUAUGGCGUAGAAUUUCUACUAAAUAAUGGUAAAAGAUACUUUGUGAACGCAAGUAAAGAAGUAAUUGUUUGUGCGGGAGCAAUCAACUCUCCCCAGUUAUUGAUGCUGUCCGGAAUUGGACCCAAAGAACAUCUUGAAGAAGUAGGUGUACCAGCUUUAAAUGAUUUAAAAGUUGGUUACAAUCUUAUGGACCAUAUCGCAGUUGGAGGGCUGACCUUUUUGGUUAAUACCACCGAUGCUGACUCAGGUCUUCUAAAACCGAAGAGUUUCAAAGAGUACUUUCCCAAUCAUAAAGGAGUUUAUACACUAUCUGGAGGCUGCGAAACCAUUAGUUACCACGAUACAGAAAAUCCUCUUGAUCCGAACGGUUAUCCUAACAUAGAGCUCUUAUAUCUAUAUGGUUCCCUUAGUUCUACAAGAAUCUUCAGAAGGAUUUUUGGUAUUGAUGGAGAUAUUUAUUACAAGGUCUACGGUCCCAUAAUUGGAGGAUCCAGCUUUAUGGUGUUUCCAAUGCUCCUGCGCCCGAAAAGUAGAGGGAGGAUAACUCUUAAGGAUAACAACUACUUAUCUAAACCUGUAAUUGAACCAAAUUAUUUUUCUGAAGAGGAAGAUUUAGACAAUAUCAUUAAAGGUCUCAAAAUCCUUCUGAAUAUCACACAGCAACCCGCCAUGCAGUCUAUAAAAACUGAACUGUAUAAAAAAUCGAUACCCAACUGUGAAGCUAAUGGUUUUGGGACAGAUGAUUAUUGGAAAUGUAUGGCACGUCAUUUCACUUUUACAAUUUAUCAUCAGUGUGGUACUUGUAGAAUGGGUUCGGAGGAUGACGAUGACGCUGUAGUAGACCCAAGAUUAAGAGUUUAUGGAGUGAAAGGAUUAAGAGUUGUAGACGCAUCUAUUAUGCCUGUUAUACCUAUUGGUCAUACAAAUGCACCCACGUUCAUGAUUGCAGAAAAGGGGGCAGACAUGAUUAAGGAAGACUGGAAUUGGACUAGUUCAAAUUGAUAUUCUUAGAGAUCAAAUUUCGUCUACAUCAUAGGUUUUGAAAUCCAUAAAAAAUUAAGUAAACCAUCUGUGACACAUGAUUAUUACACCUUUAAAAUAUUUAGAGACAGUUCAGUUUGCAACCAUAAAGCUUGUCGUUACAUUAAAAUAAAAGGAUGAAAAUAUUA